UCUUGGAUGCUGCACACCCAGUCAAUCCAUCACAAUCUUCACCUGAUACACAACGGAACCUGAUCCGGCCGUCUGCUGCUUCCUACAGAACCUCUUUGAAGGAAAAGUAUUUAUAUGCAGCAACUAGGACCCAACGUCUGGCGGAACGCUUACCGCUUUCCUUCAGUUUCAAUGCUUUGAAGCGCAAUCCCCCAUCUUGGUUGUGGGAACCUCGAUUGAAACCCCUCCAACUUUAACCGUGCCACCAAAAGAGAUAGGGCAGUUUCACGUCUAUCGCCAUUUUGGAUCGGAAACGAGGUUGCGGGAGCCAAUGGAGAGCAGCAGCAGCGGCUGCAGCCGCAUUUUCUCGCAGGCUCCCUCGGAUACACCAUGCAACUGUGACGCACACUUUGGGUCAGAGAUAAAGGUGUCUGCCAGAUCCUCUCUGCCUAGAAGAAAGAAGAAAAAGCUGAGCUGUGAGCUGCAGGAUGGCUUUGCAGAAGCUGCCUCAUGUCUUGGUGACCUGACCUUAGCAUCUGAGGGGACAAACUGUGGCAGCCAGCCUCUCCACCACCAGCCCCACCCAUUGGAACAGACAGCUCUCCACGAUCAUGCUCUGUAUUGCAUCCCUGAGGAAGCAGCAGCUCUGAAGAACCUGGUGAGAAAGCUGAAGGACACUGUGUCCCACCAAAGUGAUCUCCUCUUCAGCCUGCAGAAAACAGUAGAGAACCAGGAACUCCAGAAUCGGGAACUUCAGGAAAAAGCAGAAGCCAAGAAAUGUCAUGUUCUCACUGAUCUCGAAGCCCAUGUUUCUCAACUUGAAGCCAGGAACCAGUACCAGCUGGAGCCUCGGGGGCCAUGUUUGCAGAAGGAGCAGGGUGCCUACAGUGCCACCAUCCUCUCACUGAACAAGCAAGUGAGUGGGCAGCUUGAGGACCGAGCACAACAUGAGGUUUUCUCCCUGGAGGGUGUCAACACUCAUAGCAAGUGGUUGAGGUUCUACACAGGUUUUGAUGAAUACCCUCGCCUCAAGGCCUUUUUGGACUUCCUCCGGGAGGGGGAGAGUCUGGAGAAUGGCCCUCCCUGUGCCCUCAGCCCCGAGAACCAGCUCUUCUUGGUGCUUGUCCGGUUGCGCUUGGGGCUCCUUCUUCAAGACCUGGCUUUUCGCUUCCAUAUCUCCGAAUCCACAGCCUGCCGCUACUGGCUGAGCUGGAUGGAGCUGAUGGAGCGGAAAUUACGACAGGUUCCAGUUGCCUUCAGCCAGCGCUACAUAGAUGCCUUCAAGCCACAACAGCAACUUCGACAUCACGACAUGGUGCUGGUGGCUCUGGACUGCGCAGAGCUUUUUUUCGAAGCUCAAGGAAGGACGCGAGGCAAACGAGAUGGUUCCCGGAGUCCUCGGGCCCACUAUUCAAUCCAAGGGUCCGCUCUGGCUGCACCUAGCGGCUUCCUCACUUUCAACGCAGGAACGGGUCACGAGUUGCUCACACUGCCUCCAUUUCUGCAGAUGGGACCCGUGGAGCUGACGGUUGAGCAAGAGGCUGCCAAGAGACAGGUACUGAGUUUACACAGCCUGACAGACAAAGCUCUUGGCUUCCGUUUCCUGCGCCUGGUUCACCCUCAGAACAUGGAAGACCAAGUGAGGAGGGCCUGGGUCAUCUCCUGUUACUUGGCCUGUCUGCUGCAUGAACCUAUGGGUCUAACAUAGAGCAAGGAUUCCUAUAUCCUCAGGACAGUAUUUCAAUCAUCAUCUCACUUUUAACAUUUUGAUCACAGGACUGUUCCUGUGAUGAAUUCUUCUUUGGAGCUAAAACUUUUCUGCUUUCCUUGAUCAUGGAUAAAAUAAAGGCAACCUUCACAUACCACCUA